UCUCUCAUUCCUUUAAAGCCUUUACCAUCUCUCAUUCAUCAAACUAACCAAAUUCAAACACAAAAAAAAUGUCCUCCAACAUCGCUCAAAAGGCUGUAGCUGUACUCCUCCGUGGCCAAGGAUGCGCUAACAGUCUCAAGACGCUCCUCCAAAACAACAAAUCAAGCUCAGUUUCAACCGAGCAGCUCAUCAACACCAUUCUCAAUUCUUUCUCACUUGCUCUCUCUUUUGUGGAUUCUCCUAAUCAUCUACCACACAAUGAGUCUUCUCUACAAAACAUGACAAGUCAUGUUCCCCAGAGACCAUCAAAGAAAAAAAAUUAUGGAGCAGAAGGUUUAGUGUUUUACAGAGACGAAUCCCCGACUCCACGGGAUGAUGGCUUCACCUGGAGGAAAUAUGGACAAAAAACCAUCAAAACCUCUCCGCACCAAAGGUUACCGGCUCUGUAUAUAUGUGCCUAUGCAAAAGACCAAAACUGCAAUGCUAAAAAGCGGGUGCAGAUGAUCCAAGACAGUCCUCCAGUUUACAGAACCACUUAUGUGGGAAAGCAUGUGUGUAAAGAUUUUGCAGUUCAUGAUGAUACAUACGGUUCUGAAAUGAUAAAAUUCGACCAAGUUGUAUCGAAAUCGGUUAUGCCUCAACUCGCAACGAUUGAGGAACAAGAAAUUACCAUGGAGGACGAAGCCACAGACCAUAUCAUGAACCAAGAGGGUGAUAUUAAUGAUUUUUUGGUGGAUGAUGACCAAUUUUGGGCUACUCAAUUUCCUCCAUUUUCAUUGGAAGACCUGAUGUUUUUUGACAAGAUUGCUAAUCUUGAUUAGAAUCCUUUCCAAGUUUUUGAACAAUAAAUCUAUCAACUUUUUUAAUAAUGUUCCCAUGGGGGAGAUUCAUAUUUACCGCCUUUUUUUGUUGUUGUUGCAAGAAGCUAUUGUUCUAAGCAUUUUCAAGCCAACGUAACAAGGUUAAUAUAUUGUAAUAGAAAACAUUUGUGAUGAUAUGGUAUUCAUUAUGAU